AUGGCCACCGUACGCCUCCUCUCAUUGCUGGUCCUCGCGUUUCUGUGCCAAGAAGGUGCCCUGGCUGCAAACGUAACAAGCAGCAAGCCGCCGCUGCCGUCAAACAAGCAGCCGCUUUCGCCCCCGCCGUCAAACCUGCCGUCAAACAAGCAGCCGCUUUCGCCCCCGCCGUCGACCCAGCCGUCAAACAAGCAGCCGGUUUUGCCCCCGCCGUCGACGCUGCCGUCAAACAAGCAGCCGGUUUCGCCCCCGCCGUCGACGCAGCCGGCAAACAAGCAGCCGGUUUCGCCGCCGCCGUCGACCCAGCCGUCAAACAAGCAGCCGCUUUCGCCCCCGCCGUCGACCCAGCCGUCAAGCAAGCAGCCGGUUUCGGCCCCGCCGGCGUCCAACAACCAGCCGCCAGUGCGUCCUCCGCCACCGGUACCGGCGGGCAAGCAGCCGCUUCCAUCUCCCCCAUCACCUCCAUUAACGAAUAAGGCGCCGCCGCCGGCCCCCAAGAAGUGA